AAAGGGUCCUUGAAAUUUCGAUGCUAACUUCGCGGCCACAUUCUGAGUGGCUGACGAUAAAACACGCUGUCGCUUCAAAACGAACUCACCUACUUACAUAAAUCUUGUCUCUUCGGUAAUUUAUAGUAUGUCGACUGUUUUUGAUAUGCUAAUUCAAGAUUCUGGGCAACCCACUCGUAUAAAGAUUGUAGAAUACGCAUUCGCUCGGAUCAAUCGGCACGACUCCGCGCGGCGACCUCGUUACAUGGCAACAAUAGCGCAAAGAGUGUACCGGUUCUGGUUCGCUCCUAAAUUCAGGAAUGCCGGCGACAUUCCCAGAGAAGAAUGGUGCGCAAAACGAAAAUCUCUUAAGUGUAUGUCCCAUUCGCGGUGAUCCCGAUUGAGGAACGCGAUAAUCAUUGUCUUUAAAGCCAGCGGCACACGAUGCUCUUUUUUCUGCUGAUUUGCUAGUUGAAUUCGUGUGCUUGCUGCUGUGUUAGCAGCGAUGUUGGCUAUCUUGCUGGCUUGGCUUCACACGAUGCGUUUUCAUCCUACUAAUUACUGAACGCUCACUCAAUUGUUGAGUGUGGUUGAGUGCAGCCAUGGAGCAAAUUAUUGCACAUCGUCGUAGAAAUAUAAUUAUAUUAUUUUUACUUAUUGAAAAUUUAUGACGGAAUCAACAUCGCCGACGUUUGUGGAGUCGACAGUGGCUGCAACGCCGAGAUAUACGUGACAGUGUUCUUACAAUGUUAUUUACAGAAUUUGGACCUGAAGAUCCAAGUUCUUUUAAAAAUUAUACCGAAGAAGAAGUUAUGGAUGAAUUAUUACUUCUCAUUAAUUCAUAUAUUGAAAAGAAAGAUACCGUAAUAAGGAAAGCAAUUUCUUUUCGAAUGAGACUGAGUGCAACCAUCCGAUAUUUAGCAACUGAUAACUCAUUUCAAGAUCUCGCAUAUUCCACAAGAAUUGUUUCAAAUACUCUGUUGCAGAUUAUACCAGAAACAUUGCAAGCUAUCAUUACAGUACUAGAAAAAAAUGUAAUGUCAUUUCCAUUUAAGCCUGAAGAUUGGGAAAUUGUGAUUGACAAAUUUCAAACCAUGUGGCAGUCUUCAUUAGAUAGGAAGCAUAUUCUUUUUCAUCCUCCACGCUGUGAUGGAUCUAAAUUUCGAAACUAUAAGAGAAAGAAUAGUAUCAUUCUUUUAGGAUUAAUAGAUGCAGAAUAUAAAUUUAUUUUUGUAGAUAUUGGUAAAAAUGGUCGUACUCAUGAUUCUAUAGUAUUACGUGAAUGUCCAUUAGGAAUCAAAAUAAAGGAAAAUGCUCUUAAUUUGCCAGAACCAAGAAUUUUGCCUGGUUUUAAUUUAAAAAUGCUAUACGUAUUUAUAGGAGAUGAUGCUUUUUCUUUACAUGUAAAUUUAAUGAAACCGUAUCCAAAACGUGGUUUGACACAAAACAAACGGAGCGACCAAGAGUGGGUGGCCGCUCGGGCGUUGUCGGCUCCUCCUGCGAAGUCGACGGCCUCGGCGGGCUGUCCCGGGGAGGAAGCUGACCCGAAAACGUCUAAAAGCUGCCGCUUGAACCGGCGAGAAGAGCGCCUGGUUCGUUAUCCGGGAAGCCGUUCUUCUGCGUCUGCUCAUGCUGGAGGAGGCACGUAUUCAGGCGGCGGUGUUGAUGGCCGCGAGGUAUGCGGCGACGGAAGUCGCGGUGAGAGCGACUGUCGGGCGGCAGGCAGCGUCGGUCGUCCUGGCGGAGUAGGAGGAUCGUCGCGACUGGUCUCUAGAGAAGACGCACGUCUGCGGAGGUCCGCAUGCUGCACGGCAUCUUCUUGA